CUUCUUAAAUAUUCGCGUGAAAACUUAGAAUGAAAUCCCUCCUCAGAAAUUUGAUGCUGUUCCUUGCAUCAAUUUUUACAUCGACCUUCAUUCUCCCACUUGUUAUCCUCCUUGUCAUAUUUCCACUAAUACUGUACAGAAAACUCAUCUUAUCCCUGGCCUCGUACAAGACAGAUCUCUACCGUCACCUAAAUGUCUCGAGCAGUGUCUUUUCUUGGGAUGACAUGUACCGAAGGCCGACAUGCUCGAUCUGUUUGGCGCUCUAUUUAAAAAAUAAGCACGACAUAAAUCAAGUAAUUGGCAGGUUGGAGUCAAUCGUAGAAAAAUAUCCCGAACUAUCCUGCACUUUACACCGCUGGAUGGGAACCAUCUUCUGGAAGAAAUCCCCAACCUUCCAACUUUCCCGCCAUCUCACCAUCAAUGAGGAAUCCGACCCAGAAAAAAUCACCCACUACUUGGACACCCUCCCUGAAAAACCGUACCGAAAAGACGCCCCCUUGUGGGAAUUCGUGUCACUGCCAAAUUAUGAAAAUGGCACCAAGUCUGCCCUGAUUUUGCGCCUCCACCACUCCCUUGGCGACGGGUUGGCCUGCAUCUCAGUUUUGAGCGACUUCUGCGACAAUAAGGGGGGUCACACCGUAUUGGAAAAUAUUAAGGGAAAAUUCCACAAGAAAAAACCACCAUCUUGGCCGCGAAGAUUUUUGAAUUUCCUCCAACUAAUCUUCAUCACUCCGACGGAAUUUGCGUACCUUUUGCUGAAAGGGAUUGAUUCGAAUCCCCUCACGAUUCAGGUACCUGACCGGAGUGGGGAAAUAGUCCGAUGUCAUAACCUCGUCGCACUGGAUAUGACGGACCUGAAGCAAAUUUCGGCCAGAACUCGGACCAAUGUGACGUCCCUCAUGUCCGCCGGAAUUGCUGGGGUAAUGAGAGAAAUUAUGAGGAAAAGAGGGGCAAACCGAGACGCGACGGCACUCUAUGUUCUCCCAAAUAUUUCCAGUCAUCCAGGAACUUUAACGAAUAAUAUAAUCGUGGUCCCAAUGCGCAUGCCCCUCUUAGAGGCCUCAAGGGAGGAAAGACUUCUCCAAAUCUCCAACCAAUUUCGUCACUUUUUCAACUCCACCCUGCUCGUCGGGGCUGCCGCUGUUUUUAGCGGGAACGCCCUAGUUGCCAGCAUUUUAAAAAAGGAAGUAGUAUUUCCCGCCGCGGUGACCUUGGUGCAUUCUAACAUCGCUAUUUUUGAAGAGGAUGGAUGUGAAUUUUUUGGGAAUCCUGUCGAGCGGGUGCUGCCCAUUGUUGGGCUGCUGCAAACAUCCUGCUCCCUCAUGAUCACUAAUCUUAGCUACAAGGGGAAAAUGGGAAUCUCUGUAACCGCGGAUAAAACGCUAUUCUCGGACAAAGAGGAGUUGGAAGGAGUCAUUAACGACAUCACUGACGAGAUUAACAAACUUGGUCAGAUUAAAUAAUUCCUAAAAAUAUAAGCAACUUCAAGCCGGCUUGGUUUUUAUUCAAGGUCCUACAACAAAAUCCUGGCGCAAAAUUCCAUCAAUAAAAUCAUCCUGAAUAAUUUUCAACGAUUAAAAAAAUACAUUUGAGUAUCAAACUGUUAAACUUUCUUCCAGAUGUAAGCAUUUGUGUAAUUAAAACUAUAUUAACCCGCAAAUACUGUAAGAAUAACUAAUUAUCGUUCAUAUUUUAGUAUUGUUCUAUAAUAAACUUGUUUUCUACUUUGAUUGCGAUGCCGAAACUAAGCAUGUUGUUUUUGUAAAUUUAUGUAUUUCCCAGUUUUUAUUAAAUCCAUUAAAUAUGACGCAGUUUCCCACUUUGCCUGUAUUUGAGUAAGUUCAGAUUACAUAGAUAAAUUAUUCAGCUACGCAUUUAUAGGUGCUCGAGCUCACUAUUGAGGUUAUAAGUAGAUCCUCUGUGAACAGUCUCUUCUGUUAGCCAUGAUAAAAAAGAGUUAUAAAAAU